AUGGUCUUACGAACACAGACAUGCCAGCGGUUAGCAAGAAAUUUGUCGAGAAAGCCAUCAGAUGUACGGCAAGAACCUCCUUCAACCGCGAGAAAUGAAAAUAAAUGGUUGACACUUCUCACUUCCAUCCAGGCACAAAAUUUCCGUGUUCGAAAUUUCUCCUCUACUCUUGGUCGAAAUGAGAUCAACAAAAUCCUCCCGACUGCUGCCGAGGCAAUCAGAGACAUGAAGUCCAACGCCACACUCCUCGCUGGCGGAUUUGGCCUAUGUGGCGUGCCUGACACCCUCAUCAAUCAAGUACACUCCACACCCUCUAUCACCGGUUUGACUGCCGUUUCGAAUAAUGCUGGUGUGGAGGGGGCUGGUCUAGGCCUCCUCCUAGCGAGCAAGCAAAUAAAGAGGAUGAUCGCGAGCUAUGUAGGUGAGAACAAGACAUUGGAAAGGAUGUAUCUGAGCGGCGAAUUGGAGAUGGAGUUGACGCCGCAGGGAACACUGGCUGAGAGGUGUAGGGCAGGUGGUGCUGGCAUUCCGGCUUUCUACACACCGGCAGCAUUUGGCACCGUGGUACAGACAGGCGACCUACCACUGAGACACAACCCCGAUGGAACCGUAGCACAGUACUCACAGCCCAGAGACGUCAAAGUCUUCGAUGGGAAGAGCUAUGUAAUGGAAGAGUCGAUUAAAGGGGACUAUGCUUUUGUUAAAGCUUGGAAGGCUGACAAGCUUGGAAACUGUCAAUUCAGAUUCGCGGCUGCAAAUUUUAAUGGCGCGAUGGGAAGGAACGCGAAGAUGACGAUUGUGGAAGCAGAGAACAUUGUGGAGGUGGGUGAAAUCGAUCCUGCUGCGGUGCAUCUGCCGGGUAUCUAUGUCAAAAGAGUCAUUCAGAGCACAGCGAAGAAGAACAUCGAAAAGUAUACAUUUGCGAAAGAGGAGGGCGCAGAUAUGUCUGCUCUCGGAAAAGGUGAUACUGCCUCGAAGAGAGAAAGGAUCGUCAAGAGGGCUGCUAAAGAGUUCCAAAACGGCAUGUAUGCAAAUCUUGGUAUUGGCAUGCCCAUGCUUGCACCAUCCUUCGUCGAUCCAUUGGUGGAGGUGCAGCUUCAAUCCGAGAACGGAAUCCUCGGCCUCGGUCCGUACCCGAAGAAAGGCGAGGAGGAUGCCGACCUCAUCAACGCAGGCAAAGAGACGGUUACACUCCUGCCCGGCGCAUCCUGCUUCGGUUCCGACGAAUCUUUUGGGAUGAUCAGAGCCGGUAGAAUCGAACUAACCAUGCUUGGCGCGAUGCAGGUGUCUGCCAGAGGGGAUCUUGCAAACUGGAUGUUGCCUGGUAAGAUCAAGGGCUUUGGUGGUGCUAUGGAUCUUGUCAGCAAUCCCUCAAAGACGAGAGUGGUUGUGACGAUGGAGCACACGGAUAAAAAGGGCCGACCGAAGAUCUUGAAGCAAUGCGAGUUUCCCUUGACCGGGAGAGCCUGUGUGUCAAGGAUCAUUACUGAAUUGUGUGUCUUCGAUGUUGACUUUACCAAUGGUCUAACCCUCAUUGAGCUCGCUGAUGGUGUCACGGUUGACGAGGUUAAGGCCAAGACUGAGGCGCCGUUCAACGUCGCAGAUGAUCAACGAAGCAUGGCGUUUGCUUUUGGGAGCAUAGAUGGCGAGGCUCAGCGCUUGGGCGUUGGUCUUGGGGAAAAGCAUUCUACCACGAUAUUGAUUGUUGACAUAUCAUCCCCGAAGACCUUUGAAUUACUCCGUAAUUUUGACGAAUCUGGCAGCGCUUCUUACAGUAGUCCCACUGAAUUCAACAAAAUUGGUGCCUGGAUGACGCGCAGCGGUCCGAACAAACCCCAUACGUUCCUAGACCUUUUUCAGGCGCCAUUAAUCACCACUUCACGUAUUCUCAUCAUGACAUUCACAACAAUCAACUCGGACAGUCUGGGAGUCGUCGCUGAUCGGAAGAGGAAGGCAAGCGAAAGGCAUGCUCAAUUCGACCUCCGAAGACCAACACUUGGUGGCAGCUCUAGGCUAGCUGCCAGACCUCACAAUGUCGAGCAGAUCACCAAAGCUGCGCAAACAUACGAAUACAGCGGUUUGGUCCCCUUGCGAUAUUGGCUACGGACAGCAGCGACCAUGCUCAAGGAGGCGGAGAUCUACGAGCGUGAAGGGGAUGACGAACAAGCUUAUUUGCUGUUAUUCAGACAUGCUCAUCUUGUCCUCACCAAUCUAGCUGUACAUCCCGAUGCCCCAGCCAGCGAGCUACUCAAAGAGGCGAAGAAAGACGUUCAACACAACUUGGAGAAGUUGGAUAAGCUGAAUCCCCGAAUCAAGAAACGAUACGAGAGGUUCCAAGAAAUGCUCAGUGAGCGAGAGGCACGGAGACUGGCUCUUCUUGAAGCAGAACAGAGUGAGGUCGAAGGUGAUGCCAUUUCGUUUCAAGGAGCUCUGGAGUCGGACAACGUGCAUCACCUGGAAGGUGGAGAGAACAGGGAGCUUGCCGUUCAGCUUGCUCGGCAUGAGAUGUCCCGGAGAGCUACAGAAAGAAAAGCCACCAGACAGGCCGGUAUAUCCCAAGGCGAGGAAAGAGUGGCGAGAGCUGGGAGAGCUGGUCGAGUGUGGGAGAUUGCUGAUAACCGGGAGCCGGACGAUCUAAGCAGACGUCUUCAAGAAGUGAGGGCACAAGUUGAGCGGCCGGGACGAGAGGUCGGGCAGCCAUCGCAGCGGAAGGACACCGAUAAAACGUACGCAUACCCACACAUACCGCUCAACCAUGCUAUGCCAAAGCCAGAGCCAGUGAUACCAUUCAAGACAGUUCAAGCGCCUGACCUUCCACCAAAAUCAUCCCUUCGAUCUAACAUCUCUGCUCCACCCCUCCCAGAAAAGCUCUCUGCAGCAAUCACAGACCAUUCACCUCCAUACGAACCAUCCCCAAUUGUCCCAGCCAAACACCAAAACCAACAACAAACCCACCCCUUAAAAGCAACCUACACCUUCAAACCCUCCGCCUACCUCGAAAACGGCAAUCCCCUCCGAACCCUCUUCCUCCCACCCACCCUACGCUAUUCCUUCCUCGCCCUCGCUCGCGCAAACACGGAACGCAACCUCGAAACGUGCGCCUUCCUGGCCGGCACCCUGCUCUCCAACGCGCUCUUCGUGUCGAAACUCAUCUUCCCGCGACAGACGGCCACGAGCGACACGUGCGAGAUGACGCACGAAUCCGACCUGUUCGACUACAUCGACAGCUUCGAAGACCUGAUGAUCCUGGGCUGGAUCCACACCCAUCCGCGCCAGACCUGCUUCAUGAGCAGCCGCGACCUCCACACCCACGCCGGAUACCAGAUGAUGCUGCCGGAGAGCGUGGCGGUCGUGUGUGCGCCGAGCCAGAGACCGAGCCGGCCGAGCGCUUCCGGAGCCAUCGGGGGGUUUGGGCAUCAUCAUCAUCCUCAUCAUCAUCAUCAUCAUCAUCAUCAUCAUCAUGAUGACGACGGUGACAGGGCAGGCGAUUGGGGCGUCUUUCGCCUCACCGACCCGCCUGGAAAGGGCGUCAUUCUGGCGUGUGAGAAACCGGGCGUGUUCCAUCCGCACGAUUGCGCGAAUAUCUAUACCGAUGCCUUGAGGCCCGGCCAUGUGGUUGAGGCGAGCGGGUUGGAGUUUGAGGUGGUCGAUUUGAGGUGA